AUGCGCCACUUUGCAAACCCUCUUUUAAAAACCAUCAUCGCCAGGAGCCCGUUUGAUAGCAUCAGGGGGAAGCAGUGUCUCCAGUAUCUGAAAACCCUGCGGCUGCUGCAGUGCGAUGGAUUUAGGACUGUGUACUUUGGAGAGACUGAUAUCCCGGAAAGCCUUGUCACUGGCGAAGACUUUAGCAACGGUUACUUCAUGCAAACUCCAACUUGGUGCAUUGUGCAUGCCGGUGGCGGUCAAGGGUGGGUGCCUUGGAGGUACCGGAUGUUCCUGAGAGACGAGCUGGGUGUCAAACAAGAAGACAGCGUCUUCUUUGAGUUCUGUGACGUGCUGAAGAAGGCCUAUGGGAAGUGUGCCAUCGUGGUCAAAGAGAGAAGGCGGCAGGAUGAGCUGAGGCCACAGGGAAACAAAGACGCCGAGGUUCAGUCUCACGUGCCCACAGCCAGCCACCUAACCAGCAUCGCUUGUUGUCCAGACGUGGCCAAGUCCUAUGGCCAUGAGCUGCUCUCUCUGCCCUCCCCUUACAAUUACCUGAACCCUCUGGACUCAGCCUGGUCUUCUCUGAAAUGGUUUAUCAUCAAUAACAGGAGAGAGUUUUGUCUGGAGUCCAAUGACAAUGUCUAUUCUUACCAGUAUAUACUGUUCAGUGACUUAAUCAGCAAAGGGAUCGAAAGGAUGAGCCCAAGCAAGUGGAAAACACUAACUACCAAAGUACGGAGGUGGGAAAACUACUACUUGGGGAAAUUUUCCCAAGGGUGA